AUGAUUUUUGACUGCGACACACUGAUAUCACAUCUGCGAUGCACGUGUUGUCGUGGUCUCGUGGAGAAGGAAAGUUACCGUAAUAAUAAAGCUGUUAAAAAUUUUCAAGAAGUUAACUGCGACAAAGACAUGGAAACUUUUGAUAUGCAACGGGACUACCAGUCGGAUCUUGCUGCCAGCAACUCGCUUGAUUUCCUUUCUAACAGCGAUAACGGUGAUAUAAUGGUUAACGAUGUUUUUGAGAUUGAUGCUGGUGCGAAUGAUCAUUCAGGACACGAAUUGGUAACAGACGAUGAUUCAAGUUUUCAGAUAACGCCUCCAACAAGCUCCUGGAAGAAAAGCUUGAUUUUCUUCUACUUGGAUGAUAACAUCAACGAUGGCUUCAUUGCUGAUGAGAAUGAGUUUUGCAUUGCUGCAUCACUGAUCGACAAGAAAUAUGUCAACAACAAUUACAACAUGCAUCAAAGUUACCGGUCUGGUCAUUUUACACCUUGUAAACUCAAUAGAAAAAAUAUGACUUGCCUAUUACUAGAGGAGCCGGAACAACGGAAACGAGGCGUGAGACAAAAAUAA